AUGUUAACUCAUCUAUUCUUUUUUGAUAACCUUAAAGUAUUUGCUUAAAGGAUCGUUGCAUGUCUAUCAAUAUCGGAUUUGUUUUAUGCUCUCGGAUUGCUUUUGUAUGUGGAGCCAACAUUUGAUGGUUAUGAUAUCACCAGGUGAAUUUACUCAAAUAAUAUAUAGAUGCACAAUACAGGGAACUGUGACUCAAUUUGCAAGGAUUUGUGCCUUCCUUUGGAGCACCUCGAUCUCAUAUUUUCUUUAUGUUUCAAUUACGAGUGGGCAAAAGAAGUUGAUUUAUUUUGAAAGAUAUUAAAAAUUCAUUUUAGCCAUAGGUAACUCUUAUACUUUACUUUAACUAGGUUUUGCUAUCCCCCUAAUCAUGGCAACAAUUCCUUUGUUUUUUCAUUCUUAUGCACCUACUCCUGCAAAAGUUCCUGCUGUUUGUUCUAUUACUUCAAAUGACGAAAAUAAAUCAAUUGAAAAGAAUAGGAGUUUAAGUUUAUAUCUUAAUCUCACAUUGUUCUAUUUACCACUGCUUUGCUCUGUUAUAAUAUCGGUCUAUUUCAUUUUGAGAUCGUACUUUAAGAUAAAAAGAAUAAAAAGCUAAUACGAAUUAUUAAAUAAACAAAUAAAUAUUCAAUUGAUGUUUGCACGCAAUUUAAUACUCUACCCAUCAGUUAUAUUUAUUUGCUGGCUGCCAUCUCAAAUAAUAUUUCUGAUAUUUGUAUUCAACAAUAGUUGGAUAGAGUAAAUACAAUAGGAUUACUUUAUUUAUUAAACUGGACCCUAUCAAUACAUUAGAAUUGUUUAAUAUGGUGCUAGUUUCUUAUAAGGAUUCUUUAACAGCCUUGUGUACUGGUUCAAUAGUUAUCAGAUGAGAAAGAGAUUGAACAAGUUGGAGAGGGCUGACUUAGAUUUUCAAAAGACUAAAACCUUUUUCUCAAACAACUAUGAAUAAGAUGAAAACAGAAGUAGCUAAUUAACUAAUAGUUUCCAAAAUCUUUAAGAAAUUUGA